AUGGUUGGUGCAUGCGUAACUCUCUGGCUGCUUUCCGUUUUCCGCGGCCGGAACAAGGAGCUUAUGAUCAUAUCCUGCGUUCUCAUGACAGCUGGAAGUGGCGCUCUGGCCUGCGCGACACCGAACAACAUGGACAAAUUAUGGGGUCUUUUGGUCCUUGGCGGUCUGGGAAUUGGCGGCAUUGUGGUCCCAGCCUCCAUUAUCACGACCAUCAUCUGCCCUGACGAUCUCAUCGCCACCGUCAGCGCAUUGACUCUCGCCAUCCGCGUCAUCGGCGGCUCGGUUGGCUACUGUGCGUACUACAACGUCUUCCUCGCCAAGUUCAACACCAAUGUCGUCACUUACGUCGCAACCGCAAUGGACAAAGUCGGCAUCACCAACACAACCUACAUCGUGCAAGCAAUCACGCUGACCGGCGCGAGUCUGAUCCUAGACCUGAAGGCAAUCCCGGGCCUCGCCAACGAGACGGCGUAUCAGAUCGUGGUCGCCGCGGGUCAGCUGGCCUACUCGGAGAGCUACAAGUACGUGUACCUGGCUAGCAUCGCUGCCGGUGGAGUGAGCAUCAUUGCGGCCUGCUUCCUGGGUGACAUCAACAAGUACAUGGACGAGCAUGUUGCCGUCGUCAUUGAGUAG